CGCGGCGCCGGCGGUGGAAGUCGUCUGACUGUGGCGCACUUGCGGGAAUCUGACGCUACUCGCUUGCCGCGGAGUUCCUUGCCUGGGAGUUCCGCGUGCGUUUCGUCCUGCCCCAAAGUUCGCUCCAUCCUGGUGCCCCAACCUCUUGCCCAGCUUCUCAAGCUCCGGACCUCGACGUCUGCAGAACGAAAUGGUCACAGCCAUGAAUGCCUCGGACGAAAUAGAGCAGAUAUUGCAGCCUUACAACUUCGAGCUGUUCCGGGACAUGAGGCCCCUUUUGGAGGAGUACUGGGCAACCUCAUUCCUCAUAGCUCUGGUCUACCUGCUACUCAUCUUUGUGGGGCAGAACUACAUGAAGGCACGGAAGGGCUUCAACCUGCAGGGGCCUCUGAUCCUUUGGUCCUUCUGCCUUGCACUCUUCAGUAUCCUGGGGGCACUGAGGACAUGGGGCCAUAUGGCUACCCUGCUACUUAAGGGGGACCUAAAGCAAACUGUGUGCUUCUCCACCUUCGCCACCACUCCCAUAAUCAGAUUCUGGUCCUGCCUCUUUGUUCUCAGCAAGAUCAUUGAACUUGGAGACACAGCCUUCAUCAUCCUGCGUAAGCGGCCACUCAUCUUUGUGCACUGGUACCACCACAGCACAGUGCUAGUGUACACGAGCUUUGGAUACAAGAACAAGGUGUCUGCAGGCGGCUGGUUCAUGACCAUGAACUUCGGUGUGCAUGCCAUCAUGUACGUCUACUACACUCUGAGAGCUGCCAAAGUCAAGUCCCCCAAGUGGUUACCCAUGCUCAUCACCAGCCUGCAGAUCCUGCAGAUGUUUAUGGGAACCGUUGUUGGCAUCCUAACUUACAUCUGGAGACAGGAACAGGGAUGCCACACCACAAUGGAGCACUUCUUCUGGUCCCUUGUCUUGUAUACGACCUAUUUCAUCCUCUUUGCCCAUUUCUUCCACCAAACCUACAUAGUGCCCAAAGUCAAAGCCAAGACCAAGAGUCAGUGAAGGGUUGGAGAAAAAGGAACCCCAGGCUCUCUCCCUGCCAAGGCACCAAAGGGUUGAGCUUAGGUUUGGGAGAAUAAUUAGGAGGCCUUCCCUGCAUGGUUUUUCCCAUGGGAUCUGUGCCCCAAGGUGGCAGGAAGUUAUGUCAGACAAGAAGUGUCAGCCGUGGGUGGGUUGUAAUCUAGUACUUUGAUGUUUCUGUUUUUAAUGUGAAGGCCAAGCAAGCCCUGGCUGGGAUGGGGGUAGAACUGAGGAGGAUUUCCAGAGCUGAAUUUAUAUUUCUAUCCAGAAAUCUUCUUGCUCCAUUUU